UAGAAUUCUUAUAGUAUGUUAAUAAUUACCCGACAACUAUUACUAUUACUAUAGACCUAUAGCGAAUUGUUAGCACUUACAAAUAUUGUAAAAUUUGAUACCGCUCAGGUAAUAAUGGUACAACCUUUUUGCAAGUACGAUGACCAACAAGCUACAGUUGUGAUAUGGUGAAAAUUCAGUUAAAACAUUAUUGAUUUCAAAUUAAUAAUUCGAUUAGUUUUUAUAGAUUGUGUAUGUAGCUUUGUUAUAAAAAUUAACUUUAUUAAAAGUUAAUUAAUGAGGCUGAUAAAACCAAGUUGGAUACACCAUGAAGGUAAACCAAUAUUUUCAAUUGAUGUUCAUCCUUCUGGAAAUAAACUUGCAACAGGAGGCCAGGGGGGAGAUUCUGGAAGAGUGGUCAUCUGGAAUUGGGCCCCCUUAGUCUCACUCGAUGCUGAAAAUGAUCCCAAUGUUCCAAAAAUAUUAUGUUUAAUAGAUCAGCACUCAGCUUGUGUAAAUUGUGUACGAUGGAGUUGGAGUGGAACAAUGUUAGCAUCAGCGGGAGAUGACAAACUGAUCAAGAUAUGGAAGAAAGGAGCAGGAACAGGCGGAACUGUUUUUGGUAGCAAGGUUGUUAAUAAGGAAAAUUGGAAAUGUUCAGCUACUUUACAAAUUCAUCAAGGUGAUAUUUUGGAUUUGUCAUGGUCACCAGGAGAUCGGUGGCUAAUGAGUUGCAGUGUUGAUAAUACAAUAAUUAUUUGGGAUACUACAACUUUUACUGUAAAAGAACAACUUAGUGGGCAUACGGGAAUGGUGAAAGGUGUGGUUUGGGACCCUGUUGGUAAAUAUUUAGCUUCACAAUCUGAUGAUAAGAGUGUUAGAGUUUGGCGUACGUCAGAUUGGAUGCAAGAAGCUGUUAUUACGGAACCUUUUGCUAAAUGUGGAGGUACUACUCAUGUUUUGCGUCUUUCCUGGUCACCAGAUGGUCAGUACUUGGUUUCAGCUCAUGCCAUGAAUGGCAGAGGUCCAACAGCCCAAAUAAUUGAACGAGAUGGAUGGAGCAGUGACAAAGAUUUUGUUGGCCACAGAAAAGCUGUAACAUGUGUUAGAUUCAACAAUAAUAUAAUGGAACGAGGCGCUAGGCCUGGAGCCCGGCCUGUCAAAUAUUGCUGUCUUGCUAUGGGAUCACGAGAUUGUGCAUUAUCUGUUUGGUGCACUUCAGAUCACAGACCAUUAUUUGCAAUACAUGAUUUAUUCACAAAGAGUGUAAUGGAUCUUUCAUGGAGUGCUGAUGGAUUGUCUUUAUUAGCUUGUAGUUGGGAUGGCAGUGUAGCAUGCUUGCAUUUUAAAAGUGAAGAAAUGGGUCGACUGUUGACGAGUGCAGAAAAGAAUGCAUUAUAUGAAAGACUUUAUGGACAGUCAGCUGAAAACAUAAAUGAUUCUGGAAAUCGCACAAUUCUGGAAAGUUGUGAUUUAUUGGAUGAAACCAUCAAACCAGUGCCAAAUCAAGUAAAUGGUGUUGAAGAAACAAGAAUAGUAUCUAAUGAAGUAUCGAUUAAAGACCAAAGUUUAAAUGUUAGUGUUGAACAAGAAACCAUAAUCAAUAAAUCACAACCUCCACCUACUGCACCAAAACCAAUAAACAAACAGAUUGAAACGAGAACAUCUGAUGGCAAACGUAGAAUUACUCCCAUGUUUAUCCCAGCAAAUGUAGAAUCAAAUAGUUUACAAAAUGGAACUAGUUUUCCAAGCAGUGCAGUCAUGUCAAACAGUAAAGCAGCUAGUAUCACAAAUUCUAUGGUUAAACCCUCUGUUACCAUGUGUAAUCAAGUCACUCUUCCUAAGUCAAAUGUUGCAUCUAAUAGGAUUAUAGAUAAUAAUAAAACUGUAGAUGAAUCGCCUCUCGAUAAUAAAUUAAAAAGGGCUCUAGAUUUACCAAGUGUUGGACCUGCAGUUCCAGAAAAAAUAACUAAAUUAGAUAAUGUUCGAUCUAAUAUAUCCCAAGCAGGACCAUUAGCAGCAUUUACUGGAAAUGUAGUUCGGGAUGCAGGAAAAUAUAAAAUACAGUUUUCAAACAAUUUCCUAAAGACACAGCAUGGACAUUUGCAUAGUAUUAAAGCAUACAAUUCUACAAUGUUAUCGGAUAAUAAAUUCUUAUGGCAGUAUUAUACUGGUGCGUCAAUUGUGUAUGCAGCCUGCACAGCUUCUUUCAUAUCAGUGGCUUGUGAAGAUAUGGUAAUUCACUGUUUAGAGACUACCUCAGGAAAGCCUGCAUUGCCAUUAAUAUCUUUACCAGGACCUUGUAUUCGAUUAGUCUUAACACCUACAAGUUAUUUAGCUGCACUAACAACAAAUUCUCAUGUUCUGGUUUGGAAUAUAUCUGAAAGAAAAGCUAUUUUUCGUGAAACAUUUGGACAUCUUUUAGCAGAUGCUACAUUAUUGAAUUGUGCUCUAACACAUUUUGGUAUGCCAAUCAUAACAUUUUCAAAUGGCAAAUCAUAUACUUAUUGUAAGGAUCUACAAACAUGGAUAAUGUUAUGUAAUCCACGAGACCCUGUAAUGAGGAUAGGAAUGUGGUCCGUCUCUAAAGCUACUCCGCCUCCUAGGGGACAAGCUUUGACUAUUGCACAACAUGCAAUAUCUGCCAAGUCCAUGUUAUAUGGUGCUGGUAAUACUCGUCAGCAUGCAGCAGCCCAAAGCUUUCUGGAAUCACAGUUGAUAGCAAGCGAGGCCUUGAAAUCAGCUGAUGACUUCCGAUAUUGGCUAGAAGCGUUUAUGGAGCAUUUAGGAGCUCAUGGGCCUGAGCAAGCAUUGAGAAGAGUACUAGAUGAUCUGUUGGGUUCAUCUAUUUUGAUGUCCAAAGAUGCAAAUAAUACUUCGAAACGAGAAAUAUUGGGACUUGACAAAAAUGUACUAUUAGAAUCUUGCCUACGAAUUCUGAGGAAGCAUGUUAAAUGGCAAAGAAUAUAUUUAGAAUAUUCAGAUCAGAUAAAUGAAAUAAAUGCUCAAAAGUUAUGAGUUCUUCAAAAUAUAUUUAUUCAUUAAGAAAUAUUAUUACUUGUUUGUAUAAUGAAAUUCUUAAUCU